AGUCAUCUGCGCCAUCCGCUCCCCUUGACCCCGGAGAAUCACAUGUACACACUACUCAGUUGAUUUGUCAGUUGAUUUGUUGCAAUAUCUUGAGUCUCUCGGUUAAAGCCUUCAUCCCGUUAGCUUCUCCGUCAUCCCGCUGCCGUCGGGUCUCGUUGACCGAACUCAGGAGAUUGAAGAUGCUCGCUCCGGGCAGGACCGCGGCGGCCAGGCUGCUGGCGACCGGGAGAGGCUUUCCCCUGGGCCGGUGGAGCUCCGGGCUGAGCACCGGGGAGCAAGCUAUGAUCCAGCCCCGGGUGCUGGAGCAGGAGGAGCUCAGACCUCUGUACAUGGACUUCCAGGCCACCACCCCCAUGGACCCUAGGGUGCUGGAUGCGAUGCUGCCCUACCAGGUGAACUACUAUGGUAACCCUCACUCCAGGACCCACGCCUACGGCUGGGAGAGUGAGAGGGCCAUGGAGGUAGCCAGAGAGCAAGUGGCCAAUCUGAUUGGAGCAGACCCCAGAGAGAUCGUCUUCACCAGUGGCGCCACAGAGUCCAAUAACAUGUCAAUCAAAGGCGUGGCUCGGUUCUACAAGGCCAAGAAGCGUCACGUGAUCACCACCCAGACGGAGCACAAGUGUGUGCUGGACUCGUGCAGAGUGCUGGAGGCAGAGGGCUUCUCUGUCUCCUACCUGCCCGUCAAAGCCAACGGACUGGUGGACCUGGAGCUCCUGGAGGCGUCCUUCCGCCCGGACACGUCCAUCGUCUCCAUCAUGACCAUCAACAACGAGAUCGGAGUCAAGCAGCCGAUCAGAGAAAUAGGUGGCAUGUGUCGAGCCAGAGGCGUGUUCUUCCACACCGACGCCGCCCAGGCGGUCGGGAAGAUUCCCCUCAACGUCACCAAAGACAACAUCGACCUGAUGUCCAUCAGCGCUCAUAAGAUAUACGGCCCUAAAGGUGUGGGGGCCCUGUAUGUGCGCCGGAGGCCCCGUGUGCGCCUGGAGGCGCUGCAGAGUGGCGGGGGCCAGGAGAGAGGUCUCCGCUCCGGCACCGUGCCCACGCCCCUGGCCGUCGGCAUGGGAGCCGCAUGCUUGGUGGCGCAGGAGGAGAUGGAGUAUGACCACCAGAGGGUGACGAUGCUUUCCAAUCGUCUCAUCAAUAAACUGACGUCUGAACUCCCUGACGUCAUUCUCAAUGGAGACCCCAAGGAAAGAUAUGCUGGUUGUGUCAAUCUGUCCUUUGCGUACGUUGAGGGGGAAAGUCUCUUGAUGGCUUUGAAGGAUGUCGCCCUGUCCUCUGGAAGUGCGUGUACCUCAGCCUCCCUGGAGCCGUCGUAUGUUCUGAGAGCCAUCGGGGCUGACGAGGACCUGGCCCACUCCUCCAUCAGGUUUGGUAUCGGUCGCUUCACCACGGCGGAGGAGGUAGACUACACGGCAGAGAAGUGUCUCCAUCAGGUCCGACGUCUCCGUCAGAUGAGUCCUCUGUGGGAGAUGGUCCAGGAGGGAGUUGAUCUGAAGAGCAUCAAUUGGGCGCAGCACUAGAGCCCCGCCCCUACCACAUCGAGCCUCGCCCUUGCAUACCUGAAGCGCUGCCCUACAUACCUGAAGCCCCGCCCUCUACAUACCUGAAGCCCCGCCCUCUACAUACCUGAAGCCCCGCCCCUUACAUACCUGAAGCCCUGCCCCUACCUGAAGCCCCGCCCCUACCUACCUGAAGCCCCGCCCACAACACCCUCCACCCUUCCCACCCUAUGAGGGCUCCUGUCAAAAAACACGCACAAACCCUUCCCGUCUGUCUGUCUGUCUGUCUGUCUGUCUGUCUGUCUGUCUGUCUGUCUGUCUGUCUGUCUGUCUGUCUGUCUGUCUGUCUGUUUGUCUGUAUUUCUCUGUCUCCCUCGGUCUCCGGUCCAGGUUCCCAGAAGAACAGAUGUAUUCUAUGUAUUUUGUGUGGUGACUCCACCCUGCACCAGCUAGUCACAUUAAUAUGAUCUUUGUAUUAUUAUUAUCUUUAUUCAGAGCACUGAUUCAUUUUACAUUAGUACAGUAACACAGAAAAAUUUUCAUGAUAGGAAACGUUUUAAAACUGUUACAUGACCAAUAAAUAUACUGGAUAUCAGUAUAGCAUAAACCACUGGAGAUUCUACAUGCUGUUAUUAAUCUCUGUUCCAGCUGAAAUAAAGAAUAUACUUUUAAAUUA